UUGAGAAGAACAUAAUUAGUCGUUCCCUCGUGAAGGAUUCACAUAAUGCUGGCACAAAGAGUUAUGCUUGUUGGGGUGAAGACAUGAGGCAAGCUGAUCCUGAAAAGAAACGACCACACAGAUCAAAGGAUUAUUUAGCAACUCACAAGAAGAAGGACGAUGCUGAUGCUAAAAAUAAAGAUAGAAAUAAGCGCCUGGAUCGAUUGGAGAAUCUAAUAACCGAACGACCAGAGUUGGCACAAAAUUUGAAUGGAAGAGUCGCAUGGGAAGGUGAUGCCCUGCAGGAAGUGUUAGGGAAAGAAAAGAUUGGACAAGUGCAUGGCAUGGGUUUGCUUCCAACUCCUAAGCAAGUCUACGGUCGGACGCCACGGUAUCUAAAGAACAUCAAUAUGACUAGAACUGAUGGAUCACCAUAUGAAGUUGAACAUGACGUUUGGGAGGUAAUAGCAAAGAUGCAGGAGCAUAUAAAAAAGCAAGACCAGAUUAUUAAAGAUAUGAAUAACAAAGAAGGUUAUGUCAAUAAUGGCAUAGAAGAGGAAAACCUCCAAUCAAAUGAUAAUGGUAUUUCUCGCUCACCAGUGCUGCUUGGUAAAACAAAGAGAAUCCAGUGCAAUGGACCCGUUGAGGCAUGCUCGUCUAUGCAACAUGACAUUCCUGAGGAUAAUAAUUUAUCACGUUCGCAUGAAAAGGUUAUGCAUGUAGUUACUCUUACUCAUGUCACAAAGAUAGAAUAUAAAAUAAUUUCUUGCUCACCAUUGUUGUGUCAUGGAACUAUGUUGGCAACCAUGAUGUCAACCAAUUACAAAUUCAACAAAAUUCAUCAUCACCACAAGACCUUGUUAUUGAUUCUGUGCUAGAG